AAGCCCCCUGACUACGCUCGCUCGCCUUUGUGAACUGUGUAUCUUGUCUGACUCGUUUUUUAUAUGGUGACUGCCCCUGCCGUGUAAAUAACCGAAAGGCCGUGUACAGUGGUUUUAUCCGUUUGCAUCCUGAUUAUAUACAUACAUAUACAUAGAAGUGUAAAAAGAAGUCCUGGAGACACAUUGGACUGACUAAUUACGAUACGAUUCACAUAAAUGCAUGUGAAUAGUCGGCCGUAACAUAUCUUCCCUACGAAAUAUAAGUAUUUUCAGUGUUUCUAUGUGUGAUGAAGUGGGUGGGAGGUGAUUCUCAAGAAACUCCUUCUUCUUGUUCCGGAAUGCUGGGCAACGGAAGUCAUGUGCCACUGCAAACUGUGCCAGAAAUGGCUCGGCCAAUAUCUUCACGUUCUCAGGAUGAUGCCAUGGUAUCCUACAUCUUUCAAAGACCUCAGACUGAUGGAAAUUUUCAAGCCUUCAGCAAGCAUCAAUCUAGAUGGCUAGGUGACGAGAGUAUUUCAGAGGUCAAGCCUGGUCUUGCCAAUGAUGCUGCACAGGCAUCAGUCUCACAACCAAGUGCAGUCAACAGCCAGCAACGGAGCCAGUUUGAUCAGAUUGCCCCAUCGGCCAAGAAGUUGUGGGGAGUCGAAGAGCAGAAAGAAGACACAAAAAGCAGCCUCUUUAACAUCAGUGAUCAAACUUGGAGAGACUCGACGUGGAGUAAUUCAACUAUCGAUCAUGCUGUUUCACAGCCCAUCUCGAUGGGUCAUGGUCCCAGACGUUCUGGCAGCUUUCCUGGCAGCGAGGUGGCCAAUGUUUUGUCGCCGCGGUCCUCUGAAACCGGCGGACUUGGCGUCAAGAUGGUCGAAUACGUCCUCGGCACAUCACCUACUAACAAAGAUCUAGAGAGUCGGAUGAGAGGGCUGGUCCUCAAUCCGACAGAAGAUAAAGACAAGAAGGAGAAAGCCUCGUCGCCACCUCUUCAAGACAUGGAGGGGAAUACAAAUGGUUGUCCUCCCCACUCACAUGCUAUGAUGUUGUCGAACGGAUUGUCUUCGGACGAUGAUGCAAAGGCUUUCAAAUAUGCCUCGGAGGCAGCGUCCAAUGGCCUGCCAUAUCACAUGAACGUAGACGCAUAUAGUCGGACGCCGGGAAGUAGGCAACCUUCGCCUUCCGAAGAAGAUCUGACCAAGAAUCACAGCCCGGGUUUACCUAUUACACACUCGGUGCCCAUCAAAUCUGGUGACGGGAUGGGUAUGCCUCCUAGCAAUUCUCACAGUGCUAUGGUAGGAUCACUGACUGGCCCGAUCCAAGGCCCAGGCAUGUCUAAUGGUAUCGGUCCCAUGAGUGGACUUGUCAAUGGUGGAGGACCACCCGGAUUGGGACUAUCUUCCAGCGGAACAGCCGAUGGACAUAACAACCAUUACGAACCGGUGAUGAUGGAGCCGCCGGGAGUGCACUUUGACAGCAGUUACUCAGUGCUUUCCACUAUGGAUACUCAAUCGUCAGGAAUGCUCCAUCAGAAUUUUGACGCUCACAUGUUUCGUCAUCAUCAUCACCAGCAGCAGCAACAACAUCAAGCCCAACAGCAGCAACAACAACAACAGCAGCAGCAGCAGCCCCCUCUUCCGCCGCCUCCACAGCAACAUCAACAAUCCCAACAGGUCCAACUUCUUGCCCAACAGCAGUUUCUUGCAGCCCAGCAACAGCAAAUUGGGCUUGCAGGUCCAGCAGGUGGCCCAGCUUACCCAAAUGCACCAUACGUAAUCAAUCAAGAGCCGUACAUGCAAACUUUGAUUGCAGGCCACGCAGCGAUGAUGCCACAAUACUAUGGAAUGGCACCAUGGGGCAUGUAUCCGGGUGUCAUUCCGCAAGGACCCAGUGCUCCCGGCCAAGUAGCUCCUGGUCAACAUCAACAAGGCCAGCCGAGACGACCGAUGUCACCGAACUCACUGUCUGAUCAUCCGCCCGUUCCUCAGCCUGGUCAGUAUCAGGUCAUCCCUGCAUAUUACGAUCAAAACGGAUCGCUGGUCAUGGGCAACAUGAGGGGUAUCGGAAAUGGUGGCAUGAAUGGUCCCGUUCGCCUAAUGUCGCCUGCUCCCAUGGUACUGCAAAAUCCAAGUGGUCCUAACUCAGGUAAUAUGAGACUAAUGGGCAACCAAGGACAACAAAUGUCCGCUGCGGCCCAGCAACAGCAGCAGCAGCAGCAACAACAACAACAGCAGCAACAACAACAACCAUCGAUUUACAACAAUGGCCAGCAGCAAUCCUUGUACAGUAACACUCCGGGUCCUUCAACAUCGCAUUCUCACAACGGUCCCAACAAUCCAGGACUUGGCGGCCUACAGAACAUGCAGCAAAAUUCCGGUUUGGGAAGCAAUUUUGGAGCUUUGGGCUUGCAACAAAGCAAUAGCCUUGGAUUUGGCAAUAGCGCAUUAGGAUCAAUUGGUUCACCAUCACUUGGAUUGGCCAACGGACAAGGACGGCGCGACUCCUUCGAUCGAAAUUCGACGUCAACCUUCUCACCGUCGCUGGGUGAAUACGGCAGAGGAAAAUGGCCGCAGAAUUACGGUGCCCUUGGUACCGUCACCGCUUCUCCUGGCCCGCUGGGUUUAUCGUCUGGCUCGUUGACUCCGCCACCAAACAUGGGUGGAGCGUCUUCUGGAUUACAGCUCGGUUUGGGUCCUUUUGUUUCUGGGGGACGACUUAUGUCGGCUGCUCCAGGAUCUGAGAUGAUGAAGUUCCGGAACGGCUCCACCACGCCCAGCAGCGUUGGAACAGGGGGCUUGUUUGGGGCGGGGGCGGGUGGCUCUCUUUUUGCCAAAAUGGGAGGUGCUGGCCGCCAGCCACAACAUCCCCACAACGGAAUCAUUGGUGUCGGCCUCGACAAGAUGACGGGACGAUCAAGACUACUGGAAGACUUCCGGAACAACCGCUUCCCCAAUCUGCAAUUGCGUGACAUUGCCAACCACAUUGUCGAAUUUUCUCAAGACCAGCACGGCUCACGCUUUAUCCAGCAGAAAUUGGAACGUGCAACGCCGGCUGAAAAACAGAUGGUCUUUACCGAGAUCAUAGUGGGCACUUACGCGCUCAUGACGGACGUCUUCGGCAAUUACGUCAUUCAGAAAUUCUUUGAAUUUGGCUCACCAGAGCAGAAGAGCACUCUGGCACAGAAAAUUCGAGGCCAUGUCCUGCCAUUGGCUCUUCAAAUGUACGGCUGUCGCGUCAUUCAAAAAGCGCUGGAGUCGGUACCGUCUGAUCAGCAGAAAGAAAUUGUACGCGAACUCGACGGCCACGUUCUGAAAUGUGUCAAGGAUCAAAACGGCAACCACGUGGUCCAGAAAUGUAUUGAAUGCGUCGACCCCAUGCAACUGCAGUUCAUUAUCGAUGCUUUUGAGGGACAGGUCCUUUCACUUUCGACACAUCCUUAUGGAUGUCGGGUGAUCCAGCGCAUACUGGAACACUGCACCCCUGAGCAGACCUCUCCCGUACUGAACGAGCUGCAUCACAACACGGAAACCCUGAUCCAAGAUCAAUACGGGAACUAUGUGAUCCAACAUGUCCUUGAACACGGCAAGUCUGAGGACAAAUUGCGGAUCGUCACAGCCGUGAAGGGCAAGGUGCUGUCGCUGUCGCAGCACAAAUUCGCCUCUAACGUGGUGGAAAAAUGCGUCUCGCAUGCUACUCGAUCCGAGAGAGCAAGUCUGAUUGACGAAGUGAUCAGCUUUAACGACGCGAGUCCGCACAGUCCCCUACACACCAUGAUGAAGGAUCAGUACGCCAACUAUGUCGUGCAGAAGAUGAUUGAUGUGGCCGAGCCGUCGCAGCGUAAACUGCUCAUGCACAAAAUCCGACCGCACGUUUCAACACUCCGCAAGUAUACAUAUGGCAAACACAUUCUCGCCAAACUGGAAAAGUAUUUCCUUAAGAACAACGUCGAUUUGGGACCUAUUGGACCCCCGUCGAACGGAGUCAUCGGAUAACAUCGGAUAUAGCACCACCAACACUACUAGCAGCCAACGACUACGUUAUUUAAAAAACGACAAAAACAAAAAACAAGCAAAACAUCUUGGUUUAAAAUUCUCAACAUUUGGUUCUUUUCCUUUUUUUCUUAUUAUUAUCUUUUUUUUUCUGCCUUUUUUUUUUCGUGAAAAAUGCGCUGUUGUUUUGAUUGGGAAGCCAGUCCCAUUUUUUUUUUGUUACAAUUUUUUUUUUUUUUUUUUAGUGAUGGAUAUAAUGAUUUGUGGGUAGGGGAAAAGAAACGGGCAAGCUCUUUCUGGUUUUGUCAAGGGGAAAAAGUAACGUUCAAACCUUCUUGGAUUUCUCAACUGACCAUUUGUACCAUACGUUGUGGUAGUGUACAUUGUACAGCUUUUUCCUUACAUUUGUACAUUGUACAGGAAAUUUCCCUUCGUAUUUUUUUACUUUAAACUUUUUUUUUUUUUUCAUCCGUCUCCAUCUAUCUUCAUUCAUUCGACUGGUCCGCACCUCCCACUAUCCUCCAACUCUGCAUGAUAUUACAUUAUAAAGUCGGAGGAACAACUAUCUUUACCAUCUUAUCCAACUUUCAUCCGGAUUGUUGAUAGGUAUUGAUGGAUUAUGUUGAGAAAACUUAGGAAUCGUCAAUCCACCGAAAGUAUAAAAAAACAAAAAAAAAGUUGUAAUUUUUUUUUCCCUCCUUAGUUCUGACGAUCACUUCAAUUCACUAGAUUUAACGGCGUCAUCUUUGAUUGCCGUGUGAUGGUGGCCCAUUUAUUUGAUCACUUCUUUUUACCCACUUGUCUUUGCUGAGUAGCUUGCUUAUUGGUUUUUUUUUUUUUUCGGUUUAUCACCAUCUUACCUUACUUCGUCCCAAACACUAUCGAGCUCUACACCCCUUCGAUGAAAAAUUGCAGGUGGCCCAUCAAGCAAAACGAGACAAACCUUUUUGCCAUUGUUUACUACUUUGUUUUUUUUUUAAUCUCUUAUUUCCCCACUUCAUUGACGCGAGACAUGACCGACAUCGAUGCCCCCCUUUCCUACUUGACCCCCAAACUGGAUUUUUCAUCCAUAAUUAACGUUUUGGUUUUCUGUAAAGUGUACAGCGGCAAAAGUAAAAAGAGCGAACUUUUUUCCAUUAUUUUACGUAACAAAACCAAGCGAAGCAAAUUCAGCGGAAAAACAUCAAAUGCUCUGUUCUCCAUUUUCUACAUCCAUCGACUGUAAAUUUCCGUAGUGUGCGGCGGUCAAAAUGUGUGGUGUGACCCCCACACAUUCUCAUUCGCUACGACGCGUCAUCACCUUAAUGGGUCUUUUUUUUUUUUUCGUUUUGCUAUUUCUUGAAAUUCAUCAAACACUUCACCUUCCACUCAAACUUAAGGUUUUUUUUUUUCCAGUUAUAGAACGCCGGUUCGCUUCGUAGAUUUUUCUAUUGCUGACGCUGUUUGGUUUCCUUCUUUGCUCCUCAAGCCGUGGAUUCACCUGACACGGACCAAUAUUUUGUGAAUUGUUUUCCUUCUCUCCCCUUAAUUCUCAACCAUCCAUUAUGUUGGACAUUUUCUUUUUGAGUGUGUAGUUUCUCCUACUUCCAAUUCUUUUUUUCUUCCUUUCUUUGCGCCAGUUAUUUCCUGAUUUUGGCUUUUAUUUCAACCAUCUUUAUUAUUAGAAUGUUUCCUUGUAACCGCUGGUGUUAUGUAUUGAAAACUACGAAAUGCUGUAAAAAAAUAUCACUAGUGCUCUUUUCUUUUCCCCUCUUUGUAAACAGGAUUCAUGUACAAAAAAAUCGUCCCCACCAGAACUCGCUCUUUGACAUCCCCUUCCAUCCGCUUCCCUCCUUAAAUCUUCUUUUUUCUGGAAUCAAUGCUUUUCUCUUUCAAUCUCCAUCAAAAAGACAGUUUUCUUAAAACUUUAUAAUUUUUUUAUAUUAAAUUCUGGUUGGAAAAACACUUCCAAUGUAUUUCCUCUAAUAGCACACUCUCGUGCAGCCACCUUUACCCUCUUUCAUUUUUGAAAAAAAAAAUACAUCCCGAGUAUAUGCGUUGGA